AUGGAUUCUCCGACGAGCUCCGUCCACGCCAGUUCGAUAAUCUCAUCACUCCUUUCGUUUCCAGACUCCUCUCCAAUCUCCAUCACCUCCACCUUCCAUCGAGAGCUCGAAAAAGCUCUCGCCUCUGCUUCUGAUGAUGAAUCUGUUCAGGAAUGUCUCGUGGAUCGAACCUUCCAACUCACGUCUCUUCUUCUAGAAUCCACUAAACGAUCCUUCCGCAAGCGAGUUUCUGCUCACAAUUCCAGUUCCUGGGUCCUCCCUUCCGAACUCACAAUCAAGGUGUUUUCGAUGGUUGAUACAAAGUCUCUAAUGCAAGCGGCUGCGUGCUGCACCAUGUUCAACAUAUGUGCAAUGGACCGUUUCUGUUACGCUCACGUGGACUUGACAACCUGUAAACGCCACGCUAAGAGUACUGUUGUGUCUACUAUGAUCCAUAGGGCUGGAAAAGAACUCAGAUCCCUCAAGCUUGGCAGUCUUGCUCGCCCCUAUCUGCAUGAUUGUACUCCAUAUUUGGUUGACGGACCUUUUCUUUCUACACUAUCCUCUAAUACUGAUUUUAUUGGGUGUCGCUUGAAAAGCCUAGGGCUUUACAAUAUCAGAUGGAUGAACGAUAGUUCCUCACUCCAAGUCUUGUCAGUUUGUUCGAAUCUCACUGAUCUGAGGAUUGUUGGAUUGAAGGAGCCAUUUAUGCAUUUAUUUAAGAUUCUAAAAGAAAAAUGUCGUCUGAUAGAGAACCUGUGCAUAGAGACCUAUCAACUCCUAAGUACCAUAGACACUCAAAGAGGUUCAAAAUUGAUAGAGUUUGUGACCAACUCCCCAAACUUAACUUCUCUAAGGCUCAUUCGUUUUCGACUAACCGAUGAAGUGGCACGUAUUCUUUCUCAGAGUUCUCGUACACUCAAGUACCUGAAUUUGUCUAGAUCGCCUACAAUCAAUGGUCGUUUUCUGAGGGUUGUAAGAAAUAGCUGCAAGGAAAGUCCACUCAAGACUCUAAUAAUGCGCAACUGCCUUAAACUAGAGGAGAAAGAAGUGUUGGAACUUUGUAACUCAUUAAUCAAAGGAAACUUCAAAUCCAUUCGGCACAUUGAUGUUUCAAAUAACAGAGGCUUAGUUUCUGAUGAUGGCAAGAGAUCUUACAAACCAAAGUUUCCUCUAGAGAAGCUGAAAGAAGCAAGAUCAAAUGUCACACUUGUAGCGAAUUUUGCACUACCAUGGUCAGUGAAGGAUUAUCAUGUCUGCCAUGAAGAAGAUGACGAAGAGCUGAGGGAGAUAGAGAUGAUGGAAGAUGAUGUCUCAUCCUCGGACGAGGAAUCCUUGGACGAGGAAUCCAUGGACGAGGAAUCCUUGGACGAGGAAUCCAUGGACGAGGAAUCCUUGGACGAGGAAUCCUUGGACGAGGAAUCCUCAUCCUCAGACGAUGAGUUAGGAUGA